AUGGAAUAUUAUAAUGCAGGGGCUGACUGGUGGUCAUUAGGCGUGAUCAUCUAUGAAAUGGCUACAGCUAAACAACCAUUUAGCCCUUCAGUCAGUGUUGUGAAGGAGUUUAUCUCAAUCAAGACUCCUGAAUAUCCAAGUCACAUGAGCCAGGAACUGCAGGACCUCCUGUCAAAGCUUCUGGAGAAGGACAGGAAGCAACGCUUAGGAGUGAAUGGCAACAUCAGGGAGCACCCAUUCUAUGCUUCAAUCAAUUGGGAAAAUCUGGAAAAGAAAAGAGUAAAGGCUCCUUUUCAGCCACAAAUGGUUAGGGACCAGGCAGCUGAUGAGUUGAGAUCUUGA